UGUAGCAGGACGUGAUUAGCAAGCAGCUAGUGACAGUACGACGCCCGAAAACACUCAGAAAUCGAUAUAAGGAUCUGUUUUACUUAAUAUCAGAGUAGUGUCUGUGUCUUUUUCAGCGGGCAAAGUAUUUCUGCCAGAUGUGAGGUAUCAAGAAGACAUCAGGAACUGAAUGGAAACAUUUCAGACAUUUUGUGUAUGAGGAGGUUGUGGGUAGUGUACCAUGGGGUACGACAUUACCAGAUUCCAGGGUGAGGUAGAUGAAGACCUGCUGUGUCCCAUAUGUAGCGGGGUGCUUGAGGAACCAGUGCAGGCUCCACACUGUGAGCACGCCUUCUGCAAUGCGUGCAUAACACAGUGGUUCGCCCAGCAACAGAUCUGUCCUGUUGACCGCACGGUGGUGACUCUUGCUCACCUCCGGCCCGUGCCCCGCAUCAUGCGCAACAUGCUUUCCAAACUCCAAAUCAGCUGUGACAACGCAAGUUUUGGCUGUACAGCUACACUAAGGCUGGACCAGCUGCAGUCGCACCUCAAGGACUGUGAGCACAACCCCAAAAGGCCUGUCAGCUGUGAGGAGGGAUGCGGGCUUGAAAUGCCCAAAGAUGAACAGCCCAACCAUAACUGCAUCAAACACUUGCGGGGCGUCGUCCAACAGCAACAAACUAAGAUUUCAGAGCUGGAGAAAACUGUGGCAGAACAUAAACACCAGCUGGGGGAACAAAAACGAGAUAUACAGCUGCUAAAAGCCUACAUGAGAGCGAUCCGUAGUGCAAACCCCAAUUUGCAAAACCUUGAAGAGAGCAUCGAGUACAAUGAAAUACUGGAGUGGGUGAACUCCAUGCAGCCAGCCAGAGUGACGCGCUGGGGCGGCAUGAUCUCCACUCCGGACGCUGUGCUGCAGGCCGUCAUCAAACGCUCGCUCAUCGACAGCGGCUGUCCUCUCUCCAUCGUGAACGACCUGAUUGAGAACGCCCACGAGCGUAACUGGCCGCAGGGACUGGCCACGCUCGAGACACGGCAGAUGAACAGACGCUACUACGAGAACUAUGUUGCCAAGCGUAUUCCUGGCAAGCAGGCAGUGGUGGUGAUGGCCUGUGAGAAUCAGCAUAUGGGGGAGGACAUGAUCCUGGAGCCCGGCCUCGUCAUGAUCUUUGCGCACGGAGUGGAAGAAAUCUGAUCACUGUACAGCUUUCUGCAUUGAUUCAGAGACAAAUGAGAAUAUUUAGCUCUUUCACUCUGCGGAGGGUUUUUUUUUCUCUUUGAAGUGAAACCUUCAAAAAUCUGGCUUAUUUAAAAUAAAAACUUAGGCUCACUCCUAAGCUUGAUACCUAUGCCUUAAAAUAAGGACAAAUACUUUGUGAACCUGGCAAAUAUAAACAAAAUCUGAUCGUUGUUGAAGAUAUAAGUGAGACAUGUUUACAAGCUUUUUAUUAGUGCAUUAUAUGAUCUGAUUGUUCUGAUCCUAACAUAGUAAUAAACCAACAUUUAAUGCUCUCAUUUGUAUAAAUACAUGUAAAUACAAAUACUAUAUUCAAUUACAAACUGUAUACUCAUCACUGUAAUUAGGUUGUGAUUUGUUUGUUUCGGUUGUUCGAGCCUGUGUUAUCUGGAGGGACAACAACUGAAGAUUUGUUGCGUGCUCGCUUUMGUUUCCUGUGAAUAUUUCCACAAAGUGUCGUGCUUCUCGAUUCAGAUUGUUCAGACCUUUUGUGCCAUUUGUUUUAUUUAUUGUGUUGCCUUUAAUGCUAACGUGCUUGAAGAUGUUAUUUGGCGUAUGGAGAAAAAAAACUGCCUUUGGUGAAUUUGCAGUUUGUUGCUGGAAGGAAGAAAAAAAAUGUGGAAAGGUUUUGUGUUUUUCUUUGUUGCCUCUUUUGUACAUAAAGUCUGUCAGUUGGGUCCAGUUGAAGUGUUUAAUUUGCAGUUUGAAAUUUGACUGAUACGUUUAAGUUGAGAAAGUCAUUUGUUUGAUAUGUCAUGAAUCAGUUUCAGAUUUAAAUAUCGAUCAUGUUCUUCGCAGUUGGCAAAUGACUGAGUGACACAUCGUGACUAAACAUAGCUUGAUGAUUGUAUAAAUAUUUGUGAAGUCAUUCUUAAUACUUUUGAAACGAACAAUGCUUUACCAUUAAUCACUUACUGUUCUAGUGAGAGAAGCAAAACUUCAGCUGAUGGCGUAAAAGCCUAAGAAAGUGGAUUGUGCUUUUUGUUAUUCUUGUUAAUGUUUUUAUUUUGUCUGUUAUGUAAUUUGUUGUACAGGUAAUGUAAUAAAAAUUUAAACUGCG